GGAGGAUAAGUAAAUUGACCUAUACCCUAUAAUAUAUCUGGGACUAGCAUUUAACCUGAUAUUUUCAGUGGCGCGAAGUCAGUGAGUGAGUGAAUUAUCUGGAGUGUGACCCAUAUCACAUAUCUAGAUGCAGGGUGGGUUUUGACCAGUCCCUACCACACUCACUUCACAGAGCUGGGAGGGAGGGGAAUGCGCACUGUCCACCCGAGGCGAAGUAUUUAUAAUCCGAGCAAUUAAACGUCGGUAACUGCAACAGCGCGACAGUGUUUUCUGCUAAUUUCGUGGACUACACAGAGCUGCACAAAACACCAUGUCACGUUUUCUCCUUCGUUUUUCAUGCAUUCUCAACAAAGGGGCUACCUCCACCACCAAGUCAGUAUUAACAAGAAGGGGUGCUGUUUUCGUUCGUCCUAUUCACACACACCCGGGCUUGCUGUCUCUGACCCGCUAUGAUGAGACCACAGACUGGCAGAAGAAGUUAACCCCAGAGCAAUAUGUGGUUACCAGGGAAAAAGGCACUGAGGUGCCUUUUAGUGGCAUCUACUUGAACCAUAAUGAAGAUGGGAUGUAUCACUGUGUUUGCUGCGAUUCACCCCUCUUCAGCUCAGAAUCAAAGUAUGAGUCGGGAACUGGUUGGCCAUCCUUCUCCCAGGCCCAUGGAACAUGGGAGCGGGACGAAAGUCAUGCCAGCAUUGUACGUCGCCCUGACAACUCGCUUGGCAACACUGGAACAGAAGUCCUCUGCAAACAUUGCGAUGGACACCUUGGUCAUGUGUUUGACGAUGGACCAGACCCAACCGGUGACAGAUUCUGUAUCAACAGUGUGGCUCUAAACUUUAAACCCAGGGCAAAGUAAUGUCUCCCCAGGACAAGCACAAACAAAAGCUUUUUUUUCGUUCUCAGUCUUGUGGCCUCAUGUCUAUGUGUGUGGAAAGAGUUCUUCAGUUGAUUGGAAGCACCUGAACAAGGUUUUGCUCUUUGGUGACGGUUUCUUUCCAAGAAACAGCUUAACAGUUUUUGAAAAUCUGUCAAAAUGUUUGUUUUGAGUCAAUAAAUGAUAUGUUUUAUCAUU